UGUGAUUUGUGAGUGCAAAAAAAAAAAAUUCACUAUCUCUUCUUUGUUGUGUCUGCACUUUCUUCUUCACUCUUCUCGACUGUCUUGGAAAGUAGAAAAAAUGGCAGCCGCCGCCCCACCGCCGCCGCCUACCGCAGCGCCGGAAGUGUUCAAGGAGGACAUAGUUCCGAUCAGGCACCAAGUUUUCACGCGCAUCCGUCUCGCCACACGCGCCGACGUCCCCCACUUGCUCAACCUUAUCCAUGAGAUGGCCGUUUUCGAGCGUCUCACCCACCUCUUCUCCGCCACCGAAGCCUCUCUCUCCGCCACUCUCUUCCCCGCCGAUAAUCCCCUCCCGCCAUUCGCCUCUUUCACCGUCUUCAUCCUAGAAGUCUCCCGCAAUCCCUUCCUGCCUGCCCCUGUAAACCCUAAUUUCACUCCAAUCGAAAAAAUCGUUACUCUCGACCUCCCAAUCGACGACCCUGACGCCGAAACUUUCAAGUCCCAAGCCCUAACCGGCGCCACCGUUGCCGGAUACUCCCUAUUUUUCCCUAAUUACUCCUCGUUUCUCGCGAAACCGGGGUUCUACAUCGAAGAUAUAUUCGUCCGAGAGGUCUAUCGGAGGAAGGGAUUCGGACGGAUGCUGCUGUCUGCCGUGGCAGGUCAGGCGGCGAAAAUGGGGUACGGGAGAGUUGAAUGGGUGGUGCUGGAUUGGAACGUGAAUGCGAUUAAGUUUUACGAGCAGAUGGGGGCUGAAGUCCACCAGGAAUGGCGGAUUUGUAGACUUUCCGGUGAGGCUCUCCAGGCAUACGCUCACGCUCAGAUUUGAUUAACUUUCUGCUAAUCUUUCUUUCCUCUACAAAUCUUUAUUAUAUCUCUCUGUUCUCUAAGUAUGCUUAUCUUCUAAUAUGGUGUUGAUGUUGAUGGAUAACAAUGGCUUCUGGAUUCACUCUCCAGAUUCCUCCUGUUGGAUUUUAGAAAUUCCAACUUUUGCAGUUCUUUACAGCUUUCAUCUUUGCUCCUUUCAAUAAUAUCUGCUUCUCCCUAAUUUGUAGUUGAUUUAGUGUGGGAUUCUCCCAAAACAAGUAGAAUUGUUUUCCCAUGUGAAUGUGUGCUUAUAUUUGGUUUUCUUCA